UUUGUGAGUUUGUGAAUUUUGUAUUUGCAUGCUUGCAUGCAGUUCAUUGUUUUGUUGACUUUUGUGGAAUAAACAUUGGUGUAAUUGUUUUUCGUUGCGCAAAAUAAAUUUAAGAAUUCGUUAACAUGUCCAGUCCAGCUAGAACACCGAAUAGCGCCAUAACAUCCAAGGGACAGAAAACCCCUACGCGCUCUAUAAAUGCUCCUGAUGCAGAAACUCCUAUGCGGAUGGGACCAAGACAUGGCCAGGCAUCCGACAAUAUCAGUUUGCCACCAACAUCACCGGGUAAUAUUAGUUUGCCCGCCACAAGCCCUGCCCGAGGAUUGGGAGCGAAUAUGAGUGAAAUUGAUUUAUCAUCUCCAUUGAAUUAUGGUACACCAAGUUCAAUGGGCUCGAUACGAACGCCACGCUCAGGAAUUCGUGGUACUCCUCUAAGAGCACGUCCUGAUAUACGAACUGAUAAAAAGAUGCGCCAAGUGGCCAUCGGUGGAACGGGGCUGGAACCCAUUCCCGAACGUCAGUCGGAAACUACUGAUCCAGCAUCAGAGGUGUCUUCGGCUCCUCAAAUGGUAGUGUGGGGCACCAACGUUGUUGUAAGUCAUUGCAAGACCAAAUUCAAGCAAUUCUUGCUACGCUACAUCGAUCCAUUAGCCGAACAAGAUGAAAUAUCGGAGAACACUGACGUUAACCAACCUUUGUAUUUGCAAAAAUUGGAAGAGAUCCAUACUUUGGAAGAACCAUACUUAAAUCUCAACUGUGCCCAUUUGAAGACAUUCGACGAGGCAUUAUAUCGCCAGCUCAUAUGUUAUCCUCAGGAAGUUAUUCCCAGCUUUGAUAUGGCAGUUAACGAAAUGUUUUUCGAACGCUAUCCAGCUGCUAUACUUGAGCAUCAGAUACAAGUUAGGCCUUUCAACGCUGACAAGACUCGCAACAUGCGCUCUUUGAACCCUGAAGAUAUGGAUCAGCUCAUUAGUAUCAGCGGUAUGGUCAUCAGAACAUCGAAUGUAAUCCCCGAGAUGAGGGAAGCGUUCUUUAAGUGUAUUAUUUGCGACUUUGUAACAACAGUAGAAGUUGAUCGUGGUCGCAUUGCCCAACCCACAUUGUGUACAAACUGUAAUACAAAUCAUUGCUUCCGCUUGGUACAUAAUCGUUCCGAAUUCACUGAUAAACAAUUAAUCAAGCUUCAGGAGUCCCCAGACGACAUGGCUGCGGGCCAGACACCUCAUAAUGUGUUGCUUUAUGCACACAAUGACUUGGUCGAUAAGGUGCAGCCUGGCGAUCGUAUAACCGUCACAGGUAUUUAUCGGGCUACUCCUAUGAAAAACACAAGAACUGGAUCGUCCGUAAAGAGUGUUUAUAAGACACAUAUUGAUGUUGUUCACUUCCGAAAAGUUGAUAAUAAAAGAUUGUACGAGGAGGAAGAAGGAAAAGAUCACAUAUUUCCCCCUGAAAGAGUUGAACUGCUGCAUGCAUUGUCACAAAAGCCCGAUAUUUAUGAUAGAUUGUCUCGCGCAAUUGCUCCUUCUAUUUAUGAAAAUGAUGACAUCAAGAAGGGCAUACUUUUGCAAUUAUUUGGUGGCACAAAAAAGAAGCAUUCCACCAUGGGAAGGCAAAACUUUAGAUCAGAAAUCCAUUUGCUGCUGUGUGGUGAUCCGGGUACAUCCAAGUCACAAUUAUUGCAAUAUGUCUUCAAUUUGGUGCCCCGUUCUCAGUACACAUCUGGCCGAGGUUCAUCUGCCGUAGGCUUAACUGCAUAUGUAACAAAAGAUCCUGAAACCAGGCAACUAGUACUGCAAACUGGUGCCUUGGUUCUCGCAGAUAAUGGAGUAUGCUGCAUUGAUGAAUUUGAUAAGAUGAACGACGCUACCCGCAGCGUAUUGCAUGAAGUCAUGGAACAACAAACUUUAAGUAUUGCCAAAGCGGGCAUUAUCUGUCAAUUGAAUGCUCGAACAUCUAUAUUGGCUGCAGCUAAUCCAGCCGAAUCCCAGUGGAAUAAAAAGAAAAACAUUAUUGACAAUGUUCAUUUGCCACACACAUUGCUUUCGCGUUUUGACCUAAUCUUUUUGGUGUUAGAUCCUCAAGAUGAAGUUUUUGAUAGGCGUUUGGCUGGACAUUUGGUUUCGCUGUACUAUGUUACCCGCCAUGAGGAGGAGGACACGAUGUUUGAUAUGAGUGUUUUAAGGGACUAUAUAGCAUAUGCCAGAGAACACAUUUCACCCACUUUAUCGGAAGAAGCUCAACAACGUCUUAUACAGGCCUACGUUGAUAUGCGCAAAGUUGGAGCUGGUCGUGGUCAGAUUUCUGCAUACCCGAGACAGCUUGAAAGUUUAAUUCGACUUUCCGAAGCACAUGCUAAAGUACGUUUAAGUCAACAAGUUACGGUACAAGACGUUGAAGAAGCUUGGCGUCUACAUCGUGAAGCAUUGAAACAGUCAGCCACUGAUCCUUUAUCAGGAAAAAUAGAUGUGGGCAUUCUAACCACUGGCCUGUCCACUGCGGCCCGUAAGAAACGUGCUGAUUUGGUGGCGUCAAUAAAAGAGAAUCUUCAGAAGAAGGGCAAAAUACCAACAGUACCAUAUCAGAAACUAUUUAAGGAAAUCAAAGAAUCUUCACAAAUUCUUAUCACACGAGAGCAAUUUGAGGAUGCCCUUAAGGAAAUACAAGACGAAGGCGUCAUUGUGGUCAUGGGCAAAAAUACCAUUCGUAUAUGUUAAGUUUUCUGGAAACCAUUGUUUUUUAUAUUUUUCUACCAUAUUAAUCGUUAACUUCAAUAAAUUUUUUAAAACCUUCUCUA